GUUGACCGUUGUGGGCAAUGGUUGAUACGAGGCUAUCUCGACUGUUGGUCUUGACUGGCUCUGACCUCGAGCAACAAGAACCGUUCAUCAGUGCCAAGGGAGGCCUCUUUUUGCUGAGAUACGCCCGGUGAACAACCUGGUGAAGUGACAUGGUGUGUGGAGGUGACUGCUGAAGCUGACGAGAUGUUGAGAAAUGCAGGGGAGUGUCUGGGGAGAUGGUGGACAGCUGGGAGCCAAGUGGAAACUGCCUUGUGGGGCGAUGACGCAAAGGCCAGGACGGUGGGGCAGAUUCUUAUCGCCAAUCAGAUACGUACCGACCCAGCUUGGCAUGGACUUGGCGGGUGGACUGCUGCGCGCUGCCAGUCAAGCCUCGCUCGCGUUUUUGGGAGAGUGAACCUGGUCGUCUCUGUCUUUUUUCUUUCUUCCCCUUCACCCCCAAAUCCCACCACCCUGGCCCAACUGCGCCACCCCACCAUCCACCAUCCACCAUCCACCAUCCACGGGCACUGAAUAUGGAUACGGAUAGAAGAUCAAGAUCCAGGGACCCUGUGUCUCGUGACGAACCAGCCGAUCACUACCGGCCCGAAUCCCGCAAUCGUUCCCCAUCGCGAACCCCCUCCGAGGCCAUGGAUCGCUACGACACACACGACCGCACCUCCCAAGCCCGCUCUCCGGCCCCGCGCAACGGAAGACCUCGGACUUACAGUCGCAGCCUAUCCCGUAGCCGUAGCCGUAGCCUCAGUCGAAGCAGAAGCCGCAGUCGUAGUCGAAGCUACUCGCGCGAUCGCAGCUGGAGUCGCUCAAGAAGUCGCACUCGCACUCGCAGUCCCACGCCCCAGGCCAGAAGCACCAAGAUUGUUGUCGAACGUCUCACCAAGAACGUGAACGAAGACCACCUACGAGAGAUCUUUGGCCAGUACGGCGAGAUUGAGGACUUGGACCUGCCUCUCAACCGUCAGCUUGGAACCAACCGUGGCACAGCUUACAUUUUGUUCUACAACGAAGCCGACGCCGAGGCUGCCAUUGCCCACAUGCACGAGGCCACUGUAGAUGGCGCCGUCAUCAACGUUUCCAUCGUGCUACCCCGCCGCAAGCUCUCACCCGCACCCCCUACAGCUCGCCGCGGAGCAAAUAUUAACCCGCGUAUACCGCCCCCUCAUCAGUCCAGACCCUUUGGCGGCAACAUAGGUGGUGGUGGGGGAGGGGGUCAUGGACGUGGAUCUGGGCCAGGUCGUCAUGGGAACCGUUCUGAUACCUACCGUCCCCGUUCUCUCUCAAGGUCGAGAUCUCGGUCACCCGUUCUGGCAGGAGGGAAUCAUAAUCGCAGGCAAAGAUCCCCUUCGUAUUCAUCCCGGUCUCGAUCCAGGACUCCACCACCAGCCCGCGGUGGAGGACGAGGGAGUCGCCAUGUCGGUGGGCGCUACGACGGCGACGACGAUAGGGAUAAUCGCAGAAGCGCUAGCCGCGACAGCUAUGAUAGUUACGACCGUAGGAGCAGAAGCCCCAGUCGCCAUCGGGACCGUGGAGGGAGGUGAUGCUCCAACUCAUUGCUGUAGAAAAUAUUUUGGCGUUUGGAGCGGGGGAACAGGAACAAAAAGGAAUCGCAUGGGCAUUGUGUUCCUAGCCAUGUAUCUCUUUUACCAAGCUAAUCGACUUCAGGUCAAGGUCAAGAACGAGUGAGAGCUGGCAUCAAUCUUCGUGAAGGGCGAUUGGGUACGGCUUCAAAUUUUUCGCCCCCAAGCAUCUGGCCCAUAGCUGUGGCCGAUAAAAACGACCCCGUGUCUUCCGAUUUCCCUGGUAGCGGAAGCGAGGGUCCUACAGCUAACAGCAACACCAUCUUUUUAAACGGUUCCCGCACCUGUGUACCCGUUUGACUUCCUAUGGAGACACCACGGCCAGGAAUAGGCCCAUCGUUAUUGCUCCAAUCACAACCAGGACGUAUGGUUUGCGUUCGACCACCAAGCAACUGAGCCUCUGAUUUGAUGACUAUUUGGCAAAAUCCUGAGAUGGCAACUCUCCCGCUCUUGAUAGACCGUGUUCACCUCGCUUCGCUCUUUGCUGGGUGCUCGGUAUCCCAAUCUCACCAUUCCAGAGCGAAGCCUCAGGCGCUGGCCAACCGGGUGUGCUGCGACGUCUUUGUGGCUCAAGCGUGCAAUCACUUCCUACAGCUCCAGUCCAUUAUUUCUAUGGUGCCGCACAUGUGCCGGCUCUGUGCUGACUGGGGCAGACUCGCAAAAGUAAACAGAUGGCAGAGGAAACGUCAAGCCAACUGUGGCAUCAUGCUAUUUUCAACACUGAAGAACAAUGCGGCAUUUCUCCAGCACAGGCAGCGAGAAAGUCGCACUGCGUCAUCCUUCAACAGCACUAACAGGAUUGUCCUCAGCAAUCAUCCACAAGAAGUCUUUGGAUCGAGAAAGCUCGGGGAACGACGGCAUUUGCGAGGUAGCUUUCUGGUGUCCAUCUCGCUAUUUCGAAGAGCUGUGUAAGCGUACCAUCCAUAGGGUAUCAUCCUUCGCCGUCCUCCUCAUUCCACCGAGCUUGGCAGGAAGAGCUCGUGUUGUCACGUUUGUCCUCAUUGUUCGGUUACUCGACGAGUUGCCAGUGCUUGAUGGCAUCACAGAUAGUGUUCGUAAAGACGCCUGCUUGCAAAAGUUCGCUGGCCGAGUGGUCAAAAGUUCUUUGCGAGUGCCAAGCUGAUUUUCUACUGAUUGCCAGUCAGCCGUAUGUGGAGUUGAUGCUGCAUUUGGCUAUUGUGGGGGAACGCUCCAAUAAACCAACCCACGCCGAGUUUGGUGGCAUCCCGUCCCAUGCAACGCUGGCGUUUUGAACCCAGGAAGCUGGAAACGGGCGGUCACUGGCGGUCUUCAUGCCCCUGUACACGAGCAUGCGUCCUGUAAGGUACCUGGUCAUUGCCGGGCCGCCGUGUUGCGGAUCGUCCAAUGUUUUUAGCGGCAUCUUCAAGAAACACAGAGCAGGCCACUCAACGAUCGAUUGAUUCGGAUUAUCCGGGCGAGUUUCAAGACCUCGAUGACCAAGUCAGUAGCUGCACACUAUGUAUUGCUUCAAAGCACGGGACGAGGCGCGUGGUAUGCAGUUGCCGCCUAUUGCCAUCCAAACAGCCUACACUAUAAUACCGCGGGUGGUCUCCGCCAUUGUUUCGACGGCUUGCCGUAGACCUGCUCAGCGAGAUGCUGUUCAAAAAACACUGAAUGGCAUUGUUCGGAUAGCUCCGCAUUUGAUCCGUCUGGCAUCUGACUUCCAACAGCCAUUGCUAACCUGGUACUUGAUAUUGGCUCUUCCCCCACAUGACUGGUAGGCAGCCACCAAAGCAAUUCACAGCCUCUUUUUGGUGCCACAACUACAUACAAAUCUUGGGCUUUCACUCAAGUAAGGUUCCGGAUCUUCUGCUGUCGUCAACGCCAACAUGGCUUGGUAUGCCAUCAAACUCCGUCCCAACCAAGAAAGACACCCCUGCUGCCGGAUCCCUUCCCGUCCAUGUUAGGCUCUUCGUGUUGUCCAGUGACUCCCACGGCAGGCAACCCUCAGAGUUUGCCCUUGUUCAUGAGGCACUCCCUCGCGAUAUCCACUUGCCUACUUGUAUACACGCCAGCCCUAAGCGCAAGACAGUCUCUUCGUCCGACACCAAGCCGCGGCGGUUCUUGUUACACACACAAGGUGUCACAAGCGGGCGUGGGUUUUCGCGGUCGGCUGUGGUCUAUACUAUGCUUACGUCUGUGUGCGAUCUGGAGCGAGAGCUUGUGGGUGAAGGGUCCAGUAUUUUUGUAUAUAAGGAAGUCAUGGGCUCCCUCUGUCCUGAGAAUGUUGAUGUGUUGAAGCAGCUCUUCGUCACUCUCACCGGUAUAUCAUCAUCAUCAUUACUGGCUCCUGACAUCAAAAGCUUUAAAUCUCAGCUCAGCUUUAUACAUACUCGAUUUGACAUACCUGCACGAUCUUGUUGGCCCCGUAACUUGAUCACGACAUAACCAUCUUAGUUAUUCUUGUUACUCUAUUUUGCCAUUCCGAUAUCAGACUUCAUACCCUUCCCAAAGCCGCCAACAUGCCUGUCUUCGCAUCGGGGGAUAUCUUUUUCUUGGAACUCCGUGCUGCGAACAGUAUCUCGCCCCUGAGAAGGAGUGCUCCUCCCCAUGGUCAACUCACCAUCAACCCCAGCUUCACGCCCACGCUUCCCCCCUUCUUUCCAGUGACAGAGUCUCCGUUCAGGAUGGUUGAUCCUCGCCCGCCCACACCGUCGGGGAACCCACGGCCUGGGCCCAUCACUCCGGCGCCAAACGUACCUACUCCCCCUGCUACUCCGUAGACAGGAGUUGGCGAAAGUCUGCAAGUUGCACCAAGAGCGUCUGUUGGCACGGGACUGGACAGCUAACUCAAAGCUAGGAUUUUACUUGUUUUGCCGUCCCCCUACUCGGCUAUCUACGGUAUUCAGUAUCAUAUGAUGGAUCAUAACAGCAAUCUUCAACGUGUUUCUUCGGUCAUUCCGUUUCUCUCGCUGCAGUCAGAAGGCGAGGGGGAAUAAAGCAAUGCCGUAGGGGUUUCGGAUUCGGAAGCUGCGGUCUUAUUACGGCAUGGGUGGACCACGAGAUCUGGACUACUACCUGCUCUAUCGGCGAGCGAAUGAUGUAUGAAGCAGAGACGGAAGGCGAAAACGGGUAGAAGGGGGAAGGGGGUGUUGAUGGUGG